ACAGUGAAUUAGUGGCCACGCUGGAUUCCAGAGGCCUUUCCUCCCCACUUCCACCUUGAAUUCCAACUUAAAAUUCAAUCCAUGUGCAAAGAAUGAACAGAGGGCCAACGCUUUACCGGGCUUGCUUAUGUAUAAAGCGGGGCUAGGUGCUGUCUCAAAUUAUUUCAUUUGCCCGAAAAGGAAAUCACAUUUGAGUGAGAUAAUGUAAUAUUUUAUCUUGUUUCAGAACUACCAGCUAUUACAGAAGAAGAAUUUGAAAAUUCCUUGGCAACAGAUAAUUUCCUUGUGGACUACUUUAAUGAAUUCCUAAGCCUUCCAUACGAGGAAUGGUGUUGAAAUAGUCUUAAAUGAAGAACACAUUGUACUUAAUUUUCUCCUUUUGGGCAAGGGAUAUUGUUAGCUUUCAUAGCUCCUAAGGAUGAAAGUGAUAACAAGAGCAUUAUUUCUUCUUUCUUUACUCAUUCUUCCCUAGUAAUCCAUCUCCUUCUAAGAGAAUCACAUUACUUCAUACAACCAGACCUUUUCAGAGGCAAUUAGAUUUAAUGCAGACUACGGAGUUUUUGAAGUAGUUAAUGAUGCUCCACAACUUCUGGAAAAGCAACUGAGAAAAAUUCUACUAAAACAACAACCUCGAAAUCCCAUCUAUGAUGUUGUAAGAAGAGGAAAGAAUGAUGUAAAACCUGUUCAAAUGAAUGCCCCUUAUGAAGAUGAGACCAUUGAUGUCAACUACAAUAUUAUGUGUCUCAGUCGUGAGCAAGGUAUUAAGUGGAUCAAAAAAGAAAGACUUCCAGCAUUUUUGGAAAGUGAUUGCUACUUUGAAUACAGGUUGGCCAAACUGGUCUCACAAGUAAGAUGGAGCAAGUCAGGCGUGAAUUUCACAGUAGGUACACAUUUUUCUCCCUGGGUCCUGAAAAAACCACCCAGUCUGCCACCUCCUGCCACUGAAGAAGAAGAUAAUCUUAUGAUUAUGAAAAAGUUCUACAUUUCUCUUGGCGAGGCCUCCUAUACUCAAACAAAAGAUUGGUUUGCAUUAGCAAAACAAAGUCAGCAAAUUGUAUCAACCUUUUCAUUACCCUGUUGUAUACCACACAACAAAGUUAAAUCACCAGUUCUUUCAUCUGUUUCUGAGAGUUUUAUCUUUGAUGAUGGAGUUCAUCCCCGGACAAAAAAGGACCCAUGUAAAACAACUAAAUUAAUUUCUGAAUUUGAGGAAGAAGAAGAAGAAGAAGAAGAAGGAUCCAUAUCUUUGCAAGACACUCCUUCUCAAGCUCUUCUGAGAAUAUACCUUGAAAAGCAACAGGAUGUUGAUGAAAGCCAAACAAUGCAUUUCUCAACAACUGAAGAGUUUUUAAACUCUUAUAUAUACUUUAUUUUUAGAAGAGCAGUUCAGCAAAUUACUGGAGAGCCAUUAAGAGAAUUCCCAGAUCAUAUAAACUUUAACAAUGUAACACAAGUGUUGCUUGAUGAUGGUCUUAAGUCUAUCACUGGCAAGAAGUUUUUAAGUGAAUCAGUUCAAAAUGCAAAGGAAAGGGCAGAAAAGGCAUUAGAACAAGCAAGUUUAAGUUCAAAGAGUGAUAGCGCUGGACCAGAGAGCAGAGCUGACUGGUGCAUUUCUCAUAGAACUUACGACAUUGGCAAUAGAAAGGAGUUUGAAAGAUUUAAGAAAUUUAUAAAAGGUACAUUAGGAGAGAGAUAUUGGUGGCUAUGGAUGGAUAUUGAGAGGUUAAAAGUUCUUAAGGACCCUGGAAGACAUCAAAGACAUCUUGAGAAGAUGAAAAAAUGCUAUCUAGUGAGCAGUGGAGAUUACUACCUUUCUGCAGAAAUCUUAUCAAAAUUUAAACUGUUAGAUGGAUCUCGGUGGACUGACGAGCAUUUAAAAGACAUUCAGUUUGAGGUUGUAAAACCUUUACUUCUAUAUUGGGCACCAAGAUUCUGUGUUACUCAUUCAGCCUCAACAAAGCAUGCUAGUGCUGAACUGAAAUUCUGGCACCUCCGCCAAGAGAAACCAAGGAAGGAUAUUGAUCCUUUCCCACAAAUGCCAACCCUCUUGCCACUAAGACCUAAGUCUUGUGUUCCACAGAUACAUGAGAUCCAGAAAGAAGAAUUCAGCAUGUUACAACCUCCUAAAUCUUCUAAGAAAUCAGCUAGAGUCAAAACAGCAACUCAGAAACCAUGGACAAGAGAGCCUUUGCAUCCAGUUUCUUCUCAGGAUGACAUGGUCGAGAAAGGGUCAAGGCAUCUAUUGGAAAGCAGCAAUGCUGUUCAUUUAACAUCUUUCACUGACAUUUCUGAAUGUCUGAAGCCCCAUCUGAAUAGAAGAUAUUCUUAUACAGAAGAACCUAAGGUUAAAACUAUAUCACAUGUUGGUGCCCUGGGAGGAUUUGACAUGGAAAAUUUGUUGCAAUCUUUGUAUGUAGAAAAUAGAGCUGGAUUCUUCUUUACCAAAUUCUGUGAGCAUUCAGGGAACAAGUUGUGGAAGAACAGUGUGUACUUUUGGUUUGACCUACAGGCUUAUCAUCAGCUUUUCUACCAGGAAACACUUCAGCCUUUUAAAGUAUGCAAGCAAGCACAAUAUCUUUUUGCCACAUACGUUGCUCCUUCUGCCACUCUUGACAUUGGACUCCAACAGGAAAAGAAAAAAGAAAUUUAUAUGAAAAUACAACCACCAUUUGAAGACCUUUUUGACACAGCAGAAGAAUACAUCCUUCUUCUCCUUCUUGAGCCCUGGACAAAGAUGGUCAAAUCCGACCAAGUUGCUUACAGAAAGGUUGAUCUGGUAGAAGAAACUCGACAACUAGACUCCACAUACUUCAGUAAGCUACAGUCUUUGCAUAAAGAGACAUUUCCCAAGAAAUCUGAGGAUACCACUGGUAAAAUUGGAACUGGUGUUUUAUCACUCUCUAACGUCUCUAAAAACCCAGAAUAUUGGAAUAAUGUUCCUGUGGAAUACAGGCAUUUUACUUUUAAUGAUCUGCUGAAAAACAAACUGGAGUUUGAACAUUUCCGUCAGUUUCUUGAGGCUCAUUCUUCAAGCAUGGACCUUAUGUGCUGGACAGACAUUGAGCAGUUCCGAAGAAUAACUUACAGAGAUCGAAAUCAAAGGGAGGGAAAAUCGAUAUACAUUAAAAACAAAUACCUUAAUAAAAAAUAUUUCUUUGGACCCAACAGUCCAGCUUCUCUAUAUCAGCAGGAUCAGAUAAUGCGUUCAAGUGGUGGCUGGGGGAAGAUUCUCCAUGAGCAACUUGAUGCUCCUGUUCUAAUUGAAGUUCAAAAGCAUGUCCUAAAUAGGCUAGAAAAUGUGUGGUUGCCAUUGUUUCUUGCAAGUGAACAGUUUGCUGCACGUCAAAAGAUAAAAGUACAGAUGAAAGAUGUAGCAGAAGAGCUCUUACUACAAAAGCAUGAAAGGAAAAUUGGGGUCUGGAAGCCAGUGGAGAGUAAGUGGAUCUCUUCGUCUUGUGAAAUUAUUGCUUUUCGCAAAGCAUUAUUGAAUCCAAUUGUUGCAAGACAGUUUCAACGUUUUGUGGCUCUAAAAGGAGAUUUACUGGAAAAUGGGGUACUGUUUUGGCAAGAAGUACAAAAAUAUAAGGACUUGUGCCAUUCUCAUUGUGAUGAGUCUGUCAUCCAGAAGAAGAUCACAACUAUUAUCAACUGCUUUAUUAAUUCCAAUAUUCCACCAGCUCUGCAAAUUGACAUUCCUGUAGAACAAGCCCAGAAGAUCAUUGAACACAGGAAGGAGUUAGGACCGUAUAUAUUUAGAGAGGCACAGAUGACAAUUUUUGGGGUUCUGUUUAAAUUCUGGGCUCAGUUUUGUGAGUUUAGGAAGAACUUAACUGAUGAAAAUAUUAUGAGUGUUUUGGAGAGAAGAAAAGAAUAUAAUAAGCAGAAGAAAAAGUUGGCAGUAAUAGAAGACGAAAAAUUUGGAAAGGAUGGACUCAAACAAUAUGCAAGUACUUCAAUGUCUGCUACCAAAACUGUUUUAGUCAGUGAUUCCAUCCUAGGUCUGCAAGCUUACAGCCGACAGCCAACAGCGUGCUACUCAAAGUACAUAGAAGCCUUAGAACAGGAGAGAAUUCUUCUUAAAAUACAAGAAGAUCUGGAAAAAAGGUUAUUUACAGGUGUAUCUGCAUCUACCACAAAUUUUAAGCCUACUGCUUCAACUAUGUCUUUGCGAAAGAAUUGGUCUUUCUACAACAGCCUGAAGUGACAGCAUUCAUGCGAGUGUUUACAUCUUGCUGCUAAGAGAAAUUCUUUAAACCAGAUUUAAUUGACAUGAGAAGCUCAAGUGGUUUUUUUAAUGGUCAGUAUCAGAACAGGCCUACCAU